GUGUGCACAGGUGGAGAGCAGAGGCAGCAUCCACCAAGAGGAAGACAUUAAAAUACUCACAACUCACCAGUGGCUGGAGGGGAAUUCCUCUGGAGGCUGUUCAAGGAUCUUUUAUUGCUUCUGGCUUACCUGCAAGGAAAAGAUGAGCUAACCGUCAGCGACGGGAAAACCGCGACGUCUUCCCGCCUUUGUUCCGGAGAACCUGCCAAGAGCCCCCGCGAGGUCCUCCCGGGGGGAGGCACCCCCCGACUGCUCCCCCAUGUCUGUGAAGGAGAUCGUCAUGCAGGAGUGCAGCACCGAGCUCUGCCUGUCGGUGUACGUCAUCACCUUCGUGCUGGGCUUCCCGGCCAACGUGCUGGCCUUCUACACCUUCAGCAUGAAGGUGAGGCAGAAGGCCACGCCCAUCGACAUCCUGCUCCUCAACCUGACCAUCUCGGACCUCCUCUUCCUGCUCUUCCUGCCCUUCAAGAUGCAGGAGGUGAUGAACAACAUGCUGUGGGACAUGCCGUACCCGCUGUGCCCGCUGUCGGGCUUCAUCUUCUACAUGACCAUCUACAACAGCACCUUCUUCCUCACCGCCGUCAGCGUGGAGCGCUACCUGGGCGUGGCCUUCCCCAUCCAGCACAGCCUGAAGCGCCGGCCGCUCUACGCCGUCGCCGCCAGCGUCUUCUUCUGGAUCUUCUCCUUCACCCACCUCAGCAUCGUCUUCAUCAUGCCCAUCAUCGGCGCCAAGGAGGACCUUCUGGAGGACCCUCUGAGCGCCAACGAGGAGCAUCAGAACGCCAGCGCCGGACUCAACGCCUCGACGUCGGCGCCGGAGACCGUGGAGGUGUGCUACGACAACUUCAGCGCCGCCCAGCUGGAGGUGCUGCUGCCCGUGCGCCUGGAGCUCUGCCUGGUGCUCUUCUGCAUCCCCUUCCUCAUCUGCAGCUUCUGCUACAUCAACUUCAUCCGCAUCCUGUCCAGGCUGCAGCACAUCGACCGGCGGCGCCGCCUGCGGGCCAUCGGCAUGGCGCUGGGGACGCUGCUGGUGUUCGCCGUGUGCUUCGGCCCCUACAACGUGUCCCACGUGGUGGGCUUCCUCACCUGGCAGAACCCCGAGUGGCGGGACAAGGCCCUGCUGUGCAGCACCUUCAACGCCUGCCUGGACCCCCUCAUCUUCUACUUCUCGUCCUCGGCCGUGCGGCGCACCGUGGGCAGCGUGAUGCGGGGGGUGAAAGGUCGCCUGAGCGGGUGCCUGCCCUGCGGCGUCCUGCGGGCCUGCGGGGGGCGGGCCCAGCGAGAUAAGGAGAGCAAACAAGAGCAGAUCAACGCCGUCUGAUUUAUUUCUUUACCGCGGCCCGCAGGAAAUUAAUGUCCUGUUGAUGUUUUCACACGUGCGCCCGGCUUGCCUGGCGUGUCACUUCCUGUCGGGACCAUAAACAACCUGCGACUUCGGCGUUGACACGGCAGCAACGCCAGCGCUUGUAAUGAAUAUUCUGAUGGACGGAAACAAUAAAACCAAUAUCAGAGGACAUUAAACGUCAUUCAGUCUGUAAAUAAGAGGAUCUUAUGUUGUGUGUGACCUCGCGCUCCCUUAUUGUAACACUGCUGCCAUCAUAUUGUUGUUAUUGGGUACA